GUUUUAUUAUACCUUGAUUGCUGCGCACACUUCCGUACUACUACAUGAAGAGAUAAAGUAUAUGCAGAACUCCACCGCUAUAGAAGAAUCUUUCGUUGAUCACUCCACAACUUCUGAAACUUCGAUGGCAUUCACAAUAACUUUGCUGACACUGUCUUCUUCCGGCGUGUUUACUACACUUUUACUAUUAUAUGGCCUGCACACGGAUCACAAAAUUCUGCUCAUCCCCUGGAUCUGCAAUAUAGUCGUAUUCACUAUUGCAGAUGUAGCCUACGUUAUAUACAGUUUGAUAGUUCAUGCGCUUCAAUGGAAUCCACCUGCUGCAAUCAUAAUAACGUUGGACUUCUUCCUGAAUUCGUUGCACAUUUAUAGCCUGCUGUGUGUCGUGUCGCAAUAUCAAGAGCUGAAAGCCGGCAGAGGCAGGGCACUUGACGAACACAUAUACAGGGUACCAAACGUCCACUACAGUUGCCAACCGACAGCCACCAGCAUGCUAAGUGCCACAACAGGUCGGAAACCAACUCUUGGCGGAGUCUCCUUCUACGAGACCCGUCCAACUCCAACGCAGUCUCCGACCAACGCACAACCGCCUUCUGCGUCUCCCUCAACGGGACAUAUGGACGCCCUUUCACCUCCAACAGCUGGGGAUAUGAGGAGGGGGUCCAGGAAGUCGGUCAAGUUCGAAACGUCCUCGCCGGCUUAUAAUAAUGGGGCGCAGCUUUUAGAUCCAUGGUCGAUAGAAGUGAAAUCAUCACCAAUCCUGCUACCAAAAGCAAUGGAUACAGCGCCAUUGAUAGAAUCUUCUACUCUACUGGUUUCGCAAUCGCCAGUCUAGUACACAGCACAAACUGAAAUACUUCUAUAGCAGGACACCACAAGGUCACGAAAUUACUUGGAAACACACCUUUAGUAGUGAACUUGUUUUAUAGAAUUAUUUCAGUUUGUAGCACAACGUAAAAUUUCAUGAAUUAGUGGGACUUUGAGUACCAGACCAAAUCAGAGCACGUCUUUAUCUUUAUUGGAGAUUAAGUUAUUUUUUAUAAACAAAAUUUGUUCUAUAGGUUAAUAUUGGUUGUACAUACUGAAAAUUGUGACUACGUGUUUGUGAGUUUGGCUAAGUAGCAAUGUACACGAGCUUUUGAAAAUCAACACAGCAAAGUUAAUUCAAUUUCACUGAGAUCCAGGAUUCUAAGAUCUACCUGCACAUUGGCUUUUAAAGUCAAACAUCGUUAUUGCUGGUUUCUCAAUAACUAUUGAAACACUCAAAUGCAUGUUGUUCCGAUGUUUCUGUCUCGUAAUCUAUAGCAAACGUUGUUACUAAGCCAAAUGUUUAGAAGAAUAUACAAUGACACCAAAUUAUACUUAGGAGACGCAAUAAAUGUGUAAAGGACUACUAAACAAAACGCUUAUAUUGGAGAAAAAAUAAUUGAAACAAGCCCUCAUUUUACUAUGGAUUGUGAUUUGUCUUCAUAAUCGUGGAUGACCAAAUCGUUAGACGUUAACGAUUUUACGAUAUGGUCAAUCGAGAAUGACCAAAUCGUUAAGUGAUUUUACAAUAUGGUCAAUAGUGAAUUAUAAAAUCGUAUGGUCAAUCGUGGAUGAUCCAAUCGUUAAGCGUUGGCGAUUUUACGAUAUGGUCAAUCUUGGAAUACUAAAUCGUUGAACACUGACGAUUUAACAACAAAAUAAAGUCCUUAACAGCUGUUGAUUAUAGGAUAUGGUCAAUCAUGGAUCUGCAAAUCGUUAAACGUUAGCACAUUUACAAUAUAGUCAAUCGUGGAUGACCAAAUCGUUAAACGUAAGUGAUUUUACGAUAUGGUCAAUCUUGGAUGACUAAAGCGUUACACAUAGACGAUUUAACAAUAUGGUUAAUUGUGGAUGAUCAAAUCGUUAAAGGAUCUUUUGAUUUGGUCAAUCGUGAAUGACCUAAUCGUUAAGCGCUGAUGAUUUUAGGAUAUGGUUAAUAAUGAAUGACCAAAUCGUAAAACGUUGACGUCUAUACGAUUUGGUCAAUCAUGGAUGAUCCAAUCUUUGAACAUUGAAGAUUUUACGAUACGGUCAAUCGUAAGUGACCAAAUCGUUAUGCGCUGAAUGUGCUUAAUCGUGGAUGACCAAAUCGUUAAACGAUUUUUCGAUUUGGUCAAUCGUGAAUGACCUAAUCGUUAAGCGCUGAUGAUUUUAGGAAAUGGUUAAUAAUGAAUGACCAAAUUGUAAAACGUUGAAGUCUAUACGAUUUGGUCAAUCAUGGAUGAUCCAAUCUUUGAACAUUGAAGAUUUUACGAUACGCUCAAUCGUAAGUGACCAAAUCGUUAUGCGCUGAAUGUGCUUAAUCGUGGAUGACCAAAUCGUUAAAAGAUUUUGCGAUAUGGUCAAUCGUUGAGCGCUGAUGAUCUUAGGGUAUGGUUAAUCAUGGAAUACCAAAUCGUUAAAGCGUUAGCGAUUUUACGAUAUGGUCAAUCUCAGAUGACUAAAUCGUUAGACAUUGACGAUUUGACGAUAUGGUCAAAUUUGGUUGACCAUUUCAUGAAAUGA